AUCCGGGCCCUCUCUGCGGAGUGCCAUCUGGAGCAGACCCGUGACGUGGCAGGUGUGCGAGCAAGGGCGGCUGUGGAGCAAAUGGCUGCCAAGCAGCGGGCGGAGAUGGAGAAGCUGCACCGUCAAAUCGCAGAUCUGCAGCGGUCCAUGUCCAGCCAGGACAACACUCCGACAUCAUCCCAAGGAGAAAGCUCGCAGUCAAUGCAACACCUUUUGGGCUCUGUGGAGCCAGUUCUCCGCGCCGCGCUG